AAACAGUCAGAAUAAGACAAUUUAAAUUCAAAAAGUUCCCAACAAAAGUGAUCGGAAUAAGCAACGUAAUAAGCAGAUGUGAGCAGGAGUGAUGGGAGUUCAUGGACUGUGGAAACUUUUGGAGAGCACCAGAAAACCCAUCAAUCCAGAAACACUAGAGGGGAAGAUCUUAGCUGUUGAUAUCAGCAUCUGGCUGAAUCAGGCGGUCAAAGGUGUGCGGGAUCGCGAUGGGAAUGCGGUUCAGAACGCCCAUCUCCUCACGCUCUUCCAUCGGCUCUGUAAGCUGCUGUUCUUCCGCAUCAGACCUGUGUUUGUGUACGAUGGAGACGCACCGCUGCUUAAGAAACAGACGCUGGCCAUCAGGAGACAGCGGAGGGAGGAAAUGAGCCGUGAGUCCAAACAGACCAAUGAGAAGCUCCUCCAGACGUUCCUGAAGAGACAGGCCAUCAAAGCAGCUUUAGGGGAUCAAAGUCAAGAGGCGAUUCCCAGCCUGUCAUCUGUGAAACGAGAUGAGCAAGACGACAUGUACAUUCUGCCUGCACUUCCUCCUGAUGAGGACAGAGACAAGAGCAGUUCAGAGGAGGAAAGAGAUGGAGACGAAUCACUGCAGACGUACAGCAGAUUCCAGGAAGAGAUCUAUGACAACCCUAACUCUGUAGACAUCAACUCUGAGGAGUUUUCCCUCAUGCCACCGGAGAUCAAGCAUGAAAUCUUAAAAGAAAUGAAGGAAUUCAGCAAGAGGCGACGCACGCUGUUCCACAAACCCCCAGAGAGGUCAGGUGAGUUCUCGCAGUAUCAGUUGGCGGGUCUCCUGCAGAGGAACAAACUCAACCAGCAUCUGGAAGGAGUGGAGCAGGAGAUGAACCAGCGCAGCUCUGGAGGAGUGGAGCAGCCGUACGGCCAGAACAAAGACCAUGACAUGGAGAUCCGCCGUCUGGUGUCAGAGGACUCGUCACACUACAUCCUCAUCAAAGGGUCUCAGAAGAAAGCCAGCACUCCAGACAGUCGUCCGGCUCCAGCACUGUGGUCCAGCUGUCCAUGGGAACCUAAAGGGAGGCCUAAAGGGAAGCCUGAGCCCUUGUGGCGGCCUGUGACAGAGUAUGAUGAGAACAAGCCUUCUUCCUCCACAUCCUGUGCUGAGGAGGUGCUGCUGGUGUCAGGUGGAGCACCUCCCUCUCCUCGCUCCCUACAGGCCAUCCAGAGCGCCAUGAUGGACAGCAGCUCUGAAGAAGAAGCCGUGGCCACAAGAGGACGAAGGACGGCAGGAUCUGUAGAUGAAGAUGGACGCGUGUCGCCUCAAACUCUACAGGCCAUCCAGAGCGCCAUGAUGGAUCCCGCAGACGUCCACAAACGCAGGACGUACGUCAUCAUGAGCAGCUCCGAGGAUGAGGAUGAAGCUGUGGUUCUUGACAGAAGCGUUGUCACUGAGGUGACUGGAGUUGUAGGCGUUUCUCCCAGGACUCUGUUGGCGAUACAGGAAGCUCUGGGAGACAAAGCUGUGGAGGUAAUGGACCUGAGGAGCAGCUCUGAUGGAGAGCAGACAGAGGAGGUUCCUGGAAUCAGCAUUUCCUCACAGGAAGAGUCUUCAGAAUUCAAGCAUCAGUCCAGAACGCCGCUUAUUCUCGGUUCUGCAGUAUCUGAAAGGCAAGAGGAGACGUGUGAGCCACAAGAUGCUGCGGUACAACUUCCUCUAAAGCAAAGACACCUUAAUGCUUCCUCUGAUGACAAACCUGUGAAUGCAGACCGAACAGAUCAGAUGGAGGAAAACAAAGUGAAAAGUGAAGAUGAUGAGGAAAGCAGCUCUGAAGAGAGUUUUAUUGAGGUGUCUGAUGCAGAGGAACCAUCUGAAACAGAAGAAUCUCACGUCAAAGCAGAAGCCGAUAAAAGCCCCUCAGAAGAGAAAGCGGAGGAGAGAGCAGAGGAAGAGGAGAGCAGAAAGGAAGAGUCCAGCGUCCAGAGCCCAGAUAAGAGUGAGGAAGUCAACAAGUCCAUAGAUGAAACUCCUCCUGCUGCAAGCGAAUGGGAUCACAUCGACACGGAGGAGCUGCUCCAGCUGGACAGAGAACUGCAGUGUGAGCAAAUGAGCUUGAGAGAGCAGCAGCAGCAGCAGGAGCGCAGCAGCACCACGGUCACCGGACAGAUGUACCAGGAGAGCCAGGUCAGCAUCCUUAUACAGAACAUAUGCUAGUGCAACACAGGGUUAUUAUAGUUAACUAGAUUUUCUAAACGGGGCAAAUUAACAUGAGAGUGCAAUCACAAAAGCGCCGAUGAGACUGUAAAGUUCUGCUGAUCUACUACUGACAAAUAAGCAAACUAAAGAACACAGACACAGAUAAUUUCCAUAAUGACCCAUGCAAUCUACCAAGAGCAGCACAAAUUAACAUACAGCUGAUGAUAAUCAUGUGUGGGUAAUCUACUAACAACACAGGCACAAAAUAGGUUAAGUCAUGUUUUUU